GGGUGUUAGCGUGCGCGACGGGAGCCACACGGUCUCAUUCGCAACCACUUUACAAUAAUCGGGGACGAAAAAAAAGUAUUUUCCUGGAUGGAACCAAAGUGGCGGCAACAAUCUGGAUUACCCGAAGACGACGUUGAAGUUGUGGAUGUCGUUCGCCCCGGUGACCCUUCGUCUCUAGGACUCUCCGGAGGCCGGGGGGGCUUUUAUUUCGUGGAGCAACCGAUGUGAAGAACCCCCCUGGACCCUGCUUCUCCGGGAGGUAGGUACAGAUUCCGGAAGCCAUGAACGACUUCUGCGCUGAGGAGGCCCAGCAGCUGCUCCACAACAAGUUCGUGGUGGUCAUGGGGGACUCCAUCCAGAGGUCCGUUUACAAGGACCUGGUCAAACUCCUUCAAAAUGACAAAUACCUGACAGAGGGGCAACUGAAACGGAAGGGCGAGAAGACUUUUGAAAACGACACUCUGGUAGAAGGUGGGGUUUUGAAAGAGAUGCACAACGGUGUGGAUUACCGCGAAGUGCGCCAGUACCGCAGCGGCCACCACCUCGUGCGUUUCUACUUCUUAACGCGGGUCUAUUCCGCCUACCUGGAGAGCGUCCUGUCGGACUUUCAGGCCGGACCUGCGCCGGACGUGCUCAUCAUCAACUCCUGCUUCUGGGACCUCACCAGGUACAGCUUUUCGCAGAUGGACGAUUAUCUCUCCAACCUGCAGACGCUGUUCAGCCGGCUGAAUGAAGUGCUGAGUGCCGAGUGUCUGGUCCUGUGGAACAUGACCAUGCCGGUGGGCUACAGAGACAGCGAGUUCCCGCAGUAUCUGAAACAUAACCUGCGGUGGAACAUCGUGGAGGGUAACUACUACAGCGCCACUCUGGCCGACGCGUACAAGAUGGACGUGCUGGACAUGCACUACCACUUCCGCCGUGACCUGCAACGCCGCUGCAGGGAUGCCAUCCACUGGGACCAGCUAGCCCAUCGCAAGUACACCCAGAUCCUGCUGGCCCACGUCGCGCAGGCGUGGGGGGUGCAGCCUCCUCAGAGGAAGAGAGCCGCGGUUAAUGGUUAUAACGACCAGACGGUCCCGACUCGUGUGGUCAGAUGGCAAGAAAACGGUGGCUGUCCUGACCUACAGCACAGAUUCCAGGAGAGGGCCGUCUGGGGGCCGGAUCCCAGCGGCUUCGGGCUUCCCUCGUGUGCAGCGGGUGCGUACGGCGCGUUUUUCGUGGUCGUAGGAGACGCGUUCCUCUUAAACGUCUCUAACGUAAGAACCCCAAUGUUUGGUUGCGAAAAUGUUCUCGGUCUCUCUGCAGACGAGCCGCCGCGCUUUGUGUUGCCCUCCCCGGGAUACACCAGCUUCGACGUGAACCACAACGCCUUCCAAGCUAUCCCACCCCAGCCGGGGGUCUACUGCCAGGGGUACACGGGCUUUGAGGAAAAGCACGGAGGCAGACUUGAUGACUCCUUUGUUUCUGACAGUCCUCUGCUGGUCGCUGGAAUCAUGCCGGGCUACUUAAGCUUUGAUGGAAACCGCCCUAAUAACAAAGCUCGUCACAGGGGCAGCCACCCUUUCAGCGCCAUGAACAUGGCCAUGAAUGUCGUUCCCAACCCCAACUUCCAAAACACGAGCUUCGGCAGCUUCCCCCCCCACCUGCCGCACGCGCCGCUCGGCUUCAGACCCCACCGGUUCACCAUGAAGCGCCAAGUCAGGCCAGACAGCGGCUGGUUCAAUCCCUAUCACCGGCCUCCCCUCCCCCCAACGUGGAUAUACUGAAGACCCCCUGGGAAUGCUGCAGUUGGCCGGACCCCCCCCCCCAGGAUGUCUCGUUAAGUUGUUUCUCCAAGUUCUACC